AUGAGGUACGGUCUCUAUCCCGUUAUGUAUGAGCUGCACGAAGUAGAGAAAUUUGGUUCGGGAUUAGGGCAAGGACUUGUGCCUCGUCUGGAGGCUUUUGAGGCAAGACAAAUGGAAGCGAUGAAGCACUUGGAAGCACGGCAAUUGGAGCCGCGUCUACCGUUGCCCGGUCCUCAAGAACUAGAGGCUAUUAAAAGAGUCGCCCAACUCCUUGCCACGAUCGGAGAACAGGUGAUUCCAGCAAUCAUCGGUGACAAUCCAGCACACAGGCCCACGACUGCGCCAGCUUCACCACACGUAGUCACUGAUGUGCCAAGUGAUCCUGUUCAAUUUAAUUAA